GUGAACAGGCACAGGAAGGAUUCACCCAUGAAUAAAGUGACGGAAGUGUCGGCGGAAGGCUUUUUAUGUGUGUUUUCACACCAAACUGGACGUUUAGUUUGACCUGUUUGCAUAGUUAACUGUCACUCGUCACGACAUCCUAUGGGUCUUGGCGUGAACGCUCACUGCGGGUUUGCUCUCAAACCAUGAUAAGAUGAAGCAGCAUAGAGAUGCUACAGCUGUGCUAAUCAAGCUAACAAAUGCUAAGGUUGAAGGCUAGCUUAGCUGCUUGUUUUGACACAAGCUGCAAGACGAAAGAUGUUAAACAUAGGAGCGAGGUGUGUUACAAGUGCAAAAUGUACAUGGGCACAGUGAGGAUGGUGCCAGCAGACUGAGGUUCACUCGCAGACCCAGGAGGUGCGAUUCAGGUGGAAAAGAAGCAGGAGCAAUGACUGGAGAGGGCCAGGCUGUGUGCGGAGUUGAGGCUCUGGUUGAGGACCUGGAAUUCCCGUCUGACGACAUGUCCCUGUUCUCUAACUGCUCCACGCCCAUCGCCAGGCUUCAGGGAAAUAUCACAUGGCAGCGCCCACAGGAGAUCUGCCAGUCUCCAGUUCUCUUCCCCGACAACAUCAACUUGGGUCACGCGAAACAAGGUUUAUUAGGAGACUGCUGGUUUCUCUGUGCCUGCACUGUCCUGCUCAAGAACAGACAUCUGCUGAACAAGGUGAUGCCCCCAGACCAGCCUGAGUGGGGUGACAGCAGGUACAGGGGUGUCUUCCAGUUUCGUUUCUGGCAGCAGGGAUACUGGAUGGAAGUGACCAUUGAUGACCGCCUGCCUUGUAUUAAUUCAUGUCUCUGCUUCUCAAGCUGCAACUCUCCAAAUGCCUUUUGGGUAGCCUUGUUGGAGAAGGCCUAUGCCAAGCUUCAUGGCUCAUAUGAGAAUCUGUGGGCAGGGCAGGUGUCGGAGGCCCUAGUGGAUUUGACUGGUAGUUUAGCGGAACACUGGAGCUUGGGAGACUUUGGGUCAGAGCAGGACUGUGAACAGGUCAAGAGGAAAAGGCUUGACCUGAAUCUUCUCUGCAAUGUGAAGGACGAGUGUGUACUGAGCUGUUCUACUCACAGCAGCCCUGGAGGUGCGAGUGAGCUUGGUCAGUACCAUGCUCUGACUGUCAUGGAGUGGUUGGAUGUGAAGACUGUGUCGGGGAGUGAAGUGCGGCUACUCAGGAUCAGAAACCCCUGGGGACGAGGCUGCUGGGGAGGGGGCUGGGUAGGGAGUGGUGCAGGCUGGAGAUCCAUUGACCCUAAUUGUGCUUCAGAUCUUCAAGCCAAGGUAGUGGAGGGAGAGUUUUGGUUGGAUGAGGCUGAAUUUUUGUCUCAGUUUGAUGAUGUCACAGUGGGAUACCCUAUGAGUAAGGAGGGACACCUAAAGAGCAUCUAUACAGGAAAUCCUCUAAUACACAGCCAUCAGCUGCCUGGCCGCUGGAUUAAAGGUCACUCAGCUGGUGGCAGCAGAAAUAGCAGCAGCUAUGCUACUAACCCUAAGUUUUGGCUGAAAGUGAGUGAGAGAGGAGAAGUUCUGGUGUCCGUGCUGCAGCAUAAGAAGUGGAGAAACAAAGAGAAAUAUGCACAAACGCACUGUGAGGACACCAGGAACACACAGCACCAGCACUACCAGGCCACUGCUCUGCACAUGUGGAAGGUAGAGAAGAAGCGUUUCAAUCUGAGCCGUAUGUUGAACAAACCUCCUUGUGCUUCUACUCACUGCCACACCUACGAGAGAGAGGUGGUACUCCAUGGGCAGCUGGAGCCUGGAUACUACCUGCUCAUCCCCAGCACAUACCAGCCAGGGGCCGAGGCCCACUUUCUCAUCAGGGUCUUCUCCUCCUCCUCCAUAUCCCUUAGUGCCCUGAAAAACUCAGCACCAUCACUGCCACUAAUACCAGAUGGUGAGUGGGAGACCAGUUACUUCCAUAGCUCGUGGGUGGAGGGAAAGACGGCUGGUGGAAGCAGGAACUUCCUGUCAUACUGGCAGAACCCCUGCUUCCCUUUCACAGUGAAUGAUGACUCAGCAUUGACAUCAGGAGUUAAUGUCAGGAUUACCCUGCACCAGAGCCGUGCUGACACUGAGCUACACCCGAUUGGCUUCCACGUAUACAAGGUCCUAGAAGAGGCUGGUAGACAGAGGAUCCUCAGGGAUGAGGAUCCCGCAGCCAGCUGUGUCCCCCACUGUUACACACAGGAUAUCAGUCUGGCCUGCAGUCUUCCUCCUGGAGCUUACACCAUUUUACCAUCCACUUAUGAGCCGGACUGCUCGGCAGACUUCACCCUCAGCCUGUCUUGCAGGAUACACAGGAAGGUGGUGAAAAGUCAGGAGCGGUUGGGCCGAGCCAUUCUAGAGGUCUCCCACAUCUCUGUGAUGCAGAGCUAGUUCUCUGUGAGUGUUGCUGCACCUCUGAUGUUGGCUCACCUCCCAGUGCCUCUUGGCCCACGAUGAAAGAUCCAGUUCUCCUGUUCAACUUCGCCAUGCUCACUGUGUCUGUGCGGCUGAGGAGGCAGGAGGAUAGAAAGAUUUAGUGGGCAAGUGUGUGUUGGGAAUCCUAGAAAGCCCUUUAUGCAGAACUGCUGAGGCUCCGUACUGAUGGGCAGCCACACACACAUCAGUGAUUAGGACAUCACAGGUUGUCGGUGGGCUGGGCUGCUAAUGAAGUAUGACGGGACUGGCUGGUGUAAACAAACAGCCGCGAUUGAAGAGGGCUGCCACUGCUCUUGCUGAUUCACUCACUGGUGUGCCUGCCGGCCUGGAACAAAGGACCCUCUCAUGAAGAUCCUCACCAGUGCAAGGGGCGAGGGGAUGGUCGUCACCAGCAGAGCCAACCAAAUCCACCCCGCCAUACCGUGCCAUACCAAACUAGAGCUUUUCUCUCAUCUCUCACCCCUCACCCCCUGACAAUCUGUUUUUUUUACAACCCCUCAUCAUCAAUCCUGCUCACUAUCCUGACUAACACGCAAGUCAGGCAGGACCUAAAUAAGUCCACAUAGUUACUGACUCCAUCCUCAUCAACCACCCACCUUUUACCC